AUGGACAAUGUUGUGAUCUCAUUUACAGGCUACCCCUCGGAUGGUCUUCGGGCAACCAGGGGUACGUAUGAUUCGUAUGGUUUAAACUUCUUGAGUUCUGGCUUUCGUGGUUGCUAUGGUUUUUGCGACUUGGUGGAUCUCCUCUUUCAGGCUGCUAUCAUUGCUCUGAUUUUGUUGCUAUCCAAUUUUUUAGGAAUCGCCUUCCAGCGACGACGCGUUUGGCCCUCUGUUCGCUCCUCCCAGAGGAAUCGCCUUCCACUUUAUCGACCUGUUCUCAGUUCUCUCCUCUCGCCGAAGCUUGAAUUGACCACGGCUUGUUCACUGUUUGACGGACGAAGGGCAAAGAUACGACCAUACGUCCAGACCUCCGAUCUGUUCGCCACAACUGCAUAUAAGACUCGUCUAAAUGCAUCGGUUGAUUGUGUGCGCUUUCUUUUAAGGCAAGGGCUAGCCUUUAGAGCCCAUGACGAGUCUGACACAUCCAGAAAUCAAGGGAAUUUUCUUCAAUUGUUGCACUUUUUAGCUGAACAUAACAAUGAGAUAAAUAAUGUGGUGCUAAAAAAUGCUCCAGAAAAUUUAAAGUUAACUGUACCAGAAAUUCAAAAGGAUAUCACUAGAGCUAUAUCGAUUUCAAUCACAGACUUUAUAAAGAAAGAAAUUGGAGAAAAUUACUUCUCUCUUUUGGUUGAUGAAGCACGCGAUAUUUCCUCAAAAGAUCAAAUGGCUAUUGUGGUUCGACUCAUUAACGAAGAAGGUCAGGUGGUUGAACGUUUUCUAGGCAUUAUUCAUGUUCCUGAUACAAUGGCUAGAAGUCUCAAAAAAUCCAUUGAAGAAUUGCUUUCAACUUAUGAUUUAAGUAUAUCCAAAUUAUGUGGUCACGGAUAUGAUGGAGCAAGUAAUAUGAGCGGGGAGUUUAAUGGGUUAAAGGCAUUAUUUCUCACUGAGAAUAAGGCAGCACAUUACAUUCAUUGCUUCUCACACCAGCUCCAGUUAGCCUUAGUAUAUGUUGCAAAAAAUCAUGUUCAAAUUACUCUCUUAUUCUCAGUAUUUUCAAAUAUGAUGAAUAUUGUCGGGGUUUCAUGCAAGCGACGUGACCAACUUCGAGAUAAGCAACGAGAGAAAACUUUAAUGGAAUUACAUAAUGGAGAACUAGUAACUGGACAAGGGUUGAAUCAAGAAAUAACUCUCAAGCGAGCAGGUGAUACACGAUGGGGAUCACAUUAUGAAUCAAUUAUUAGAUUGAUUACAAUGUUUUCCUCAGUUAUUGAUAUUCUAGAAGUGGUUGUUGAAGAUGAUAUCAGUUCUGAACAAAAAGGCGAGGCUUUCGCAUUAUUAGGGACAAUGCAAUCAUUCGAAUUUUUAUUCUGUUUACUAUUGAUGAAUGAUAUACUUGGUAUAACUGCUGAGUUAUCACAAGCUUUGCAAAGAAAAGAACAUGACAUUGUAAAUGCCAUAUCUUUGGUUCGAAUAUGCAAAAAUAGGCUGCAAGUUAUGAGAGAUAACAAAUGA